GGCUAUCUUAGCAACUAAGAAACAUUGGACCGGGUUACUGUCGGUGCACUAUAAUACAAGUGAGAACCAGAAGGCUCUAACAAGGACCUGCCAACUGUGGUUAAAGCUACAACUCAAAACAUAAAAGUAUUGAGGUUUUGUUUGCACAGAUCGAUGGGGUCUUUAACUUUUAUAUACAUCAGGAACCUGCUAAAAAUCUGAUGAGACCUGACAAUAUCCCAAAAGAGACCACCUGUUGACUCUUGCCAGGCUAGAGAGAGAGAAAGGCUUCAUGAGUCUGAGAUAAAUACACAUAAUUGUACCGUAUGUCCCAGCCAGCUAAUGCAUUUGGAAUAUUAUUGCUCACAGCUUCAAAAGCUUACUCUUCCUCUUCUGAUCUUCUGAUAACCAUGAAAACCAUCAGUGCCUUCUGAAGCACUAGUACUUUGUUGUUGUCAACUUAUUAGAGGAACCCCAGCCUGGGAAGACGUCAGUGACCAGAAGACGAGGACGUGGUUCACUCGUGAUCUCUUACAUCUUAAGCCACAGACCUGAGUUUGUGUCCAUUUUUAACUCCAGCUCAUGGUGGAAGAAAACAGGAAGUAUAAUUCUAGAGAGAGAGAGAGAGAGAGAAAAGUCAGAAUAUUACGUCUCGGCUUAAUGGUUUGGAUCUAUUUCCUUAAAUUAAAACAAAAUUUCUAGAGAGAACACAGAGGAUUACAGGAUAUGGGGGGACUGAUGGAAUGGAUUUAUUCUCAUCUCACACCAGGUAGUUAGUAAAAGACGAAGUCCGGAAAGAGAAGGGAAUACCCAAGAAUCACCAAUGAUGGUAAUGAAUAGCGACAGGAAUUUAGAGAGAGAAAGCCCAUAUCUUCAAAAGGAAUAGGAUGUUAUAAGAAGAAAAUUCAGGUCAAGUUGGUAGCUGUACCAUAAUUAGGUUAUGAAGUGAGACCAGACCAAUCCGAUGGAACAGUGUCAUCCCUUCACUUCGCCCCUGAUUCAGCUGCCUAAACCCCAAUACAAAACUGAUCAGGAAAUGAUGAUGGGAAAGAAGAGAAAAGAUAAAAACAGAAUGAUAAUUCGGAUUCGCUUCCGCUUAUUCCUUGUCCAGAUUCAAGCUUCAAUCUUGUGGUUCCCAAAGAGCCGGGUCACUCAUUAUUCUUAAAUGUACACUUUUGUGGUUUUAUUCGCCAACUGGCGUUCCCCUCUUCCGACCCCAUCGCACCCCCCUUUUUCCAGUUUAUAAGGAGGUGGUUUGCCAAUCUCUGUUCAGCAGCCCACCCUUGACUCAAAGAUCCUCCCUCACACUCACAAAGCAGAGUGAGAGAAAUUUCUUUUUCAUACAUCUCCCUCUUCUCCCUCACCACAUCAUCUUUCUACGCCUCCAGUGCGGUUCAGCUGAAAUCUUCCUUAAAUUGUCUUCUCUCUCACAUUUCACCCCCUUUUCCCAUCAGCACAGCGUCCCUCUCAAUCUCUAUUACACCUCAACUCAUUGCACUUCCAGUGAAGCUUCCUUAAAUUGUAUUCUCUCUCUACAUCGACCCCUUUUCCUGCCCCCACCAUCUUCCACUUCAAGAGAAGCAUCCUUGACUGUGUUUUUUACCUAAGACCACUCCUUCCUUUUACCUGUCAUCCUAAUCUUCCUGAAUUCAAUCUUUGGGUUAAAGAAAAUUUAUAUUUUUCGCUUCCUGUUCCUUGCCAUCUAUUGCAUUGCAUUCUGAGUUAGAAGUGCAAAAAAAAGAAAAAGAAAAUAAUCACUUGCAACCUCUCCUAGUAUCCUAUCAGAUCACAUUUUUAGCUCUCAACCAAAAAAAAAAACUGCAAUUACAAUGGCUUCUGGUUCCAUGAGUCGCUUCUCAAGCCCAUCAUGGACUGCCAAACAAAAUAAGUCGUUCGAGAAGGCUCUCGCCAUCUAUGACAAGGAUACCCCUGACCGCUGGCAUAAGGUGGCCAGAGAGGUGGGAGGGACCUCUGCAGAGGAGGUCAAGCGCGAAUAUGAGCGUCUGAUAGAGGAUCUCAAGGACAUAGAGUCAGGGAAGUUUCCUGACCCCAUUUACAAAUCUUCAGGUGGGGGUAGUAGCAGAGGUUCCAAGCUCACUGAGGAUGAAGAAAGGCUUCUGAGGCGUCUGAAACUGCAGUGAAAUGGAAGAUCGGUGAAGUUAUCAAGUAGAUCCCUGCAUGUAUUACUAAGUCAGAGAAGGAAUCGAAGUAUGGAGUAUUAAAUAGCAAUCCCCACUGGAAUCUACUCUUCAUGUAUUUUCUCUUUAAGUGUUACUGAAUGUACCAAAAGAUGAGAAGGAAAACUGCGCCUCAUCUCUCUCUAAUGUUACUAAAGCUUCUCUGCUAGUAAAAAGUUGUGUAGUAAAACUA